GCUGCAAUUGCUGCAGUCUGUCCUGUCGUGGUGUUGUGAGUUAGUUACCAAACACAGUUAGCGGCAUCGGACAAAUUUUACUUCCGCAACUCACCACCCUGAAUCAACAACUUCCUAUCAUUCAUACGUUCAUUAAUCGCCCUGCAUUGAGCCCUGCCACAAUGGCAACUCGCCUCCCGACCCUCUCGGGCCGUCUAUCCCAUCUCUCUCUCACACCAAACAUAACCACAUCAUACACACCCCUCUCCUUCCUCACGCCCCAGCUCCGAUCCCAACAUCGACCGCAGCAGCAAACGCAAGCUCGACACGCAAGCAUCCUCAACACCCUCUCCGACAACCCCGGCGCCUACAACAAACGCAUCCGUCGCGGUCGCGGCCCUGCCUCGGGCAAAGGCAAAACCUCCGGCCGUGGUCACAAAGGUCAGAAACAGCACGGCAAGGUACCUGCGGGAUUCAACGGUGGACAAACCAAGGAUAUCGACGUGCAUGGGACGAGGGGAGAAAAGAACAUCUUCGCCCUUGACCUCGCCGUCGUCAAUCUCGAUCGAAUCCAGGAAUGGAUUGACCAAGGCCGCAUCAACCCCAAAUUCCCAAUCACCAUCCGCGAACUGCACGCCUCCAAGUGUCUCGGCGGGAUCAAAGAUGGCGUGAAGCUGCUAGCAUGGGGGAAAGAGCAAGGUGACGGCAACUCUACCAGCAUCUUAAAACAGCCUAUCCAUCUAGUCGUCUCGCGGGCCUCUGCCGACGCCAUUGCCGCCGUCGAGGCCGCCGGCGGGUCGAUUACCACUCGCUUCUACACACGUGCAUCCAUCGCACGGAUCAUCGCUGACAAAACGCACCCGUUCUACUCGAUGGCGUGGUCGGCGGAGAAAAGCGGGAGUGAGUUUUUGGCUCGCGCGCUGUUCGGGCAGACCUCCGGGCCCGAGGAGGGGGAAUCGGCGGUACAUACAGAGAAAAAAGUUAUGCAGCGCGGGAAAUUCCUGUAUAGGUUGCCGGACCCAUCGAAUCGAAGGGAUAUCGAGUAUUAUCGUGACCCUGCGCAUCGCGGGUAUUUGAGUCACUUGGUGCAGCCGAAUGAAUCUCCUAGUUUGUUCUUCUUGUCGCCCGCCCAUAGGAAGUCGACGGCUGGUGUCAAGAAGGAGAAGGUUCUGGGUCCAAAUAGGUUGUGGUAGAUUGGUUGGGAAGAGUUUAUUGUAUGACUAGCAUAGGAAAUUUGUUUCGUUUGUGGUACAUAUGUAGCAAAUAUAUCAAUUGAUGAUAAUAGGCCAACUGGUAGCCAUAUCAAAGUCUGUCGCAACUUUUACAUGUUUUCUUUACUUCAAUUGAUGUAGCAGUCAGGGCAGCAUCAUGGCCAAUUGAUGAUCGCAAC